CUACUCUCUCUCUCAUUCUUUCUUUCUUUUGUGUGGCUAUAUUUGAGCUCUAUACUUCUCCUCUGUCCUACAACCGACAUUCAUUCAUUCUUCACUUCUUCAUGCUAUAUAGAUUCAUUCAUUCUACAGAUUUCUUACUUCUGUGAUAAUCAAUCUGUGAUUCUUCUUCUCCUCCGACUGGACAGAAGAUAAUCGAUGCUAUUUGGAUCUGAUUCAUUCAACUCGAGUUGACUCCUGGAUUCUGAAAUGAUUUUGCUGAUUUAGUUGAUUUAGUUUAUCAAACAUACCUUAGUAGCUUACUAUAAUGUCUUUGAAGAGCAGAGGAACUGACAUAUCUCGCAAAUUGACUCUUCUGCUUUGCGUUGGAUGUUUCUGUAUCGGAAUGCUCUUCACCGACAGGAUGUGGCAAGUGCCAGAAGCUAAAGGCAUGGCAAGAUUGGUACAGAAAGAAGACGAAAGGCAAAAGCUAGUAAUGGAGAACUGUGAUCAAAGAACAAGUGUGGAACACAAAGAAUCAAGUAAUGUCUUGGGUGAAGUAUCAAGAACACACCAUGCAAUCCAAACUCUUGAUAAAACAAUUUCCAAUUUGGAAAUGGAAUUGGCUGCUGCUAGGGCUGCCCAAGAUUCCCUACUUAGUGGUUCACCCAUAUCGGAUGAUUUUAGAAUUAUCGAGUCCAAUGGGAGACGAAAAUAUCUGAUGGUUGUAGGCAUUAAUACUGCCUUCAGCAGCCGAAAGAGAAGAGACUCUGUACGUGCUACUUGGAUGCCACAAGGUGAGAAACUCAAAAAACUCGAGGAAGAAAAGGGCAUCAUCAUUCGAUUUGUUAUAGGACACAGUGCUACAUCAGGCGGUAUUCUGGAUCGAGCUAUUGAAGCAGAAGAGAAGAAGCAUGGGGACUUUCUUAGGCUGGAACAUGUAGAGGGGUACCUUGAACUGUCGUCCAAAACGAAGACAUACUUCACAACAGCUUUGUCUCUAUGGGAUGCAGAGUAUUACGUCAAAGUUGAUGAUGAUGUUCAUGUAAAUAUAGCAACUUUGGCAACAACUUUAGCUAGGCAUGGAUCGAAACCACGUAUAUACGUUGGAUGCAUGAAAUCUGGUCCUGUUCUUUCUCAAAAGGGAGUGAGAUAUCAUGAACCUGAGCAUUGGAAAUUUGGUGAGGAUGGAAAUAAGUAUUUUCGUCAUGCUACUGGACAACUAUACGCCAUUUCAAGAGAUUUAGCUGCUUACAUAUCGAUAAACCAGCAUGUGCUUCAUAAGUACGUAAAUGAGGACGUAUCACUAGGAUCUUGGUUCAUUGGAUUGGAUGUUGAGCAUAUAGACGACCGAAGAUUGUGCUGUGGUACACCUCCCGAUUGCGAAUGGAAGGCUCAGGCAGGCAACGUAUGUGUUGCUUCGUUCGACUGGAGCUGCAGUGGGAUUUGCAGGUCAGCCGAUCGUAUUAAAGAAGUUCACCGCCGAUGUGGAGAAGACGAGAAUGCAUUAUGGAAUGCCACGACCUUUUGAUAAAAGUAAGUGUAUUUUGUUUUGUAUCAUUAUAAAUUUUAAAGAUGUUCAUGAGGAACAAUGAUGGUAUAUAUAUAAUGUACCUUCCCCAAUUGUAAAAUAUACCUUAAGAAAGAAGAAAAAAAAGAGAUUCAGGGUUCUCCAUUUUUAGGAUUGGAGAUUAAUAAUGUAUUUUUCUCAUUUUGGCCAAUCGGGAAGAUUUGCCUUCAACAGAAAACACAAAGUUUGUAAAAAAAAGUCCAUUAAUCUGUUAUUUUUUCUCC